UUAGAAGUUUUCUUAAUGGUCAAGUUUCAUCGUAUUCUGGGAUACGACCUUGUAAAUCAGAAUGAUUUAGACAUUUGAAAAUAUAUAUCAAAGUAUGACGUGUUAAUAUGAAAUUGAACGUGAAAUGAACGUGUGUGUUUAUUUAAUUUAAUUAAAAAUUUUUUUACAUGUGAUGAGUAGUGUACAUGAAAAUUCGUGGUCGUGGAUAGAGUAUUUGGUGGAAACAAUCAAUAAACUUGCUCAUGACUUAGUGAGCUCAACAACAUUUGACUUAUCAUUUCAUCCAAUUAAUAGUGUCAUUGACGAUGAAUUACAGCAAAAAUUAUCUGAUUUUUUUAACGACUUUAUUGGUUUGGUAGCAUUUGAUGAUUUUCAGUUGCAAUUAUUGAAAGUCUUCUUGUUUACAUUUAUUAGUACUGUGGCUUUAAUUUUCAUCGUUUGGCAUAUUUAUGGUCCAAGAAUUUCCGAACAAUUUAUGGAAACAAACUCUGCAUCAGAAGAUCUUGACUCUUCAUCUGGAGAAUAAUUUGUUGCUUAAUAUAAAUUAUUUAUUCAACUUAUAAUUGUUAAGUUAAAAACAACAAAGUUAUUAGUGAAAAUAACUAAGAAAGUAAAUUUUUAUAAAAUUAAUUUGCUCUUUAUAAUCUCUCAUAACAUUAAAAAAUAACAAUUAUGACAGAAAAAAUUAAAUCACUUUUUCAAAAGGCAAAAAUAGAUGUAAAAUUUAUGAAUGCUGGAAAAGGACACAAAUUGACAGAUUCAACUAGUACUUCUGGAUCUACUUCUAUAGUAGAACCCAUAAAGAGGGUAGAACCUACAAAAGAAGCUAAAGUAGCUGGUCAAGCAGCUUUAGCAAGAUUAGAAGCAAAAGAAUGUAAUACAAAAAGAUUUAAUACAUCAUAUGCAGCUAUUAAGGCACAAGUAAAACGAGAAUUAGAGCAAGAAAGAAAAGCACAACAAAAAGCACAACAAAAAAAUCAUGUGCAAUCAGAAGAAAAAAUUGAAAAUACAAUUAAAGAUAAUUUCACAUUAGCUGUUACCAAUGUAUGCUAUCGUUGUCCAUAUUUAUCCGAUGAAAUAUUAUCACAAGAUGAAUGGAAAAUAAAGAUAAAAAAAUUUUUAUAUGAACAAUUGAAAGGAGAAGAAGCAGGUUUAACAUCAUGUUUAAUUAUACGAAAUUGUAAUAGUAAGAAAGAAAAAGUUGAUAUUUGUAUUGAAACACUUGGAAAAUAUUUAGAAAAUAUUAUAAAUUAUCCAGAGGAAGAAAAGUAUAAGAAGAUUAGAAUGCAGAAUAAAAUAUUUCAAGAUAAAGUAAUGCCAAUUGAAGGUGCAUUAGAAUUUUUAAAUGCAGCUGGUUUUCGUCAGAAAAAGAUAUUAAAUAAUGAUAAAGAAGAGGAUUUCUUAAUUUGGAGUGCUGAUAAUUGUAGUAUUGAAGAUGUUACAACGUUAUUUGAGGCACUAAAAACUGCACAGCCCAUUCCACUUGAACUAGAUAGAAAUCUUCAAGUAUUAUUACCUAUGCAAGCAAGCACAAGAACUGAAUUACCACCAAGUUUUUUCAAUUUAAGUCCUGAGGAUAUAGAAAAAGAACAACAACUUCGAAGCGAAGCAGUUGAAAGAGAUCAGAUGUUAAGAACAAAAGCUAUGAGAGAGAGAGAUGAAAAACAAAAGCUUAGAAAAUACAAAUUCUCAUUGAUUCGUAUCAAAUUUCCAGAUAAUCUUAUUUUACAAGGAACAUUUUUUGUACAUGAAACUUUUCAAAAUGUUGUUAAUUUUGUUAGUGAGAACUUGAUAAAUAAUGAAAGACCAUUCAGUUUAAAAAAGCUUCCUCAAACAACUUUUAGUGAAGAUACUUUUGAUAAAACUUUACUUGAAUUGGGGUUAUUUCCUGCUACUCUUUUGAUGUUUUUUUGGAAAAAUAAAUCAGAAGAAACAAAUCUCAAUGAAUCUGUAGGAUACUUGAAGGAAGAAUUACUUUCUAUGAUUCAACCUGCUUAAAAAACUAUUCUUUAUACAAUUUGGAAAAAUCUUAUUUAAUCUUUAUGAAUUGUGAUUAUAAAUGUUGAAAGAGAUAAAAAUAAGUAUCUCAACGCGACUUACUUUUUUUUCAUACAAUAGAAACAAUAUGAUAAAAAGCAGUGUAAUAUAUAUAUUCAUUCCAAGUUCUAAUGAAAUAUGAAAUUACAGUAGAGCUCUGUGUAACGUAGAGAUAAUAUGUUUUGUUUCCUUUUCUAUUGUUCUUCAAUAUUUUUCAAUAAAAUUUAUGUGAUUGUUAGAUUUAAAUGUACUCUUUUGAAAAAAAGAUAUUAUUCAAAAUUGCUUUAAUAAGUAAAAAUUUCAGAAGUAAUCACAUUAGUUUAAAGGAGAUAUAUCUUAAUACAUUCAUACUUUCUUAUAUAUGCAUAAUAAUGUAUCAGUACAAAAAUUAUUAAUUAAAUUUAUGCAAUGAUUGUUUUCAAUUCAUAUUAUAUUCAUAUUUUAAAUUCAAUUCACUAGUCUUUUUAUUUUUGUGACUAACAAAUCAUUGAAACAUUAACUUUUCUAUAAUUUUUUAAAUAUUUUUAUUAUUUAUAAUGACAAAAUAUUUAAUGAUAAAUAUGAUGAUAAAGAUAAUAUAUAUAUUUAUUUUUCCUUUCCUUAUUAUGCAAAAGUUAUGAAAGAAAGAAGAAAUUAUAAAUUGAUUAUAUUAAACACUUUAAAAUAGCAUAUAUAAAAAUCAAUUAUGCUUCUUAUUGAAUUAUUGAAAUAUUUUUUGUUAAUUUUUCAUUAUAUGAAAAUUUUUAAUAUAUAAGAUAAAUACUUUUGAUUUAGUAUAUUAAAUGUAGAAUAAAUAAAAUUAGAAAAGAGAGAAAUUAUGAUAAUUUUAAUUGAAAUCUAAAAGUUGGAAAUUUAUUUACUGUUUUAUAUAGAGGUCUACUGUAUUAAUGAUUGAUUACAUAAAAAAGUUUAUAUAAAAUUUUAUAUUUUAUUAUUAUUAUUCUAACAUCUAUAAAUAUUAAAUUUUAUUACUUUUUUAAAUUAAAUAUUAUAUAAAUAAAUUUUCUGUUUAAUAAAUUUAUAAAUUUAUUGUUCUGCAUCUUAAAUUUAUGAAAAUUUGAAUCUUAAAUUAUGAAAUAAAAAAUAAUAUCAGCUAUUAUUUUUUAAUGUUUUUAUAAGAUAAAAAUAUAUAUAUAUAUAAAUCAAGUAAUUUGAAUUGCAAUUUUACAUAUCUUAUUUAUACUAUUUUAAAACAUAACAAAAAUCAUAAUUUAUCAUAAUUUAUGUAUACAAUAAUCUUGCACAUUUGUGCAUUUUGGCACUUCUAUUGUAUAUUAACAUUUAAUAUUUUAUAUCAGUCUUUGUACAAUUCUUAUAUGUUUUAAACUUACUAUUGCUUUUUAAAAUAUUAGAAAAAGAUAAAUAUAUAUUAACUUAUGAUGUAAUAUAUAUAAUAUAAUCCUAUUCAUUCAAAUAAAAUAAAAUUAAUCGGACAUAAAAAAUAAUAUUAAUUAUGCACAUAUAUGUAACUAUAAAAUUAUAAAAACAAAAUAAAUGAAUAUUAAUAAAUAAGAA